CUCAGGGUUCGGAAAUCAGCUGUAGUCACGUGCCACUGAAACGCACGCAGAAUGGCUCGAGCGUGGAGAGCGCAGAUCUCCUCAAACCUCAAACCUCAGGUAGCUGUGGACCAGCAAGCACCGCUUCUGGCUAUACGAGCUCCGUUCUCGUCAUCUUCAUCAUCUCCACGAUGUUUGGGUGUUUCGGACUAACGUCGCUGCAGGCCUGCGGGAGGUCACUGCGGCUGUGCCUCCCCUCCAGCGUUUCCGAGGAGGAGAAGAAGGCCUGCGAGCGGAGUGCCAGAAUAGACCGAGAGCUGGGGGAACUGGGCAGACACGAGGGGACCGUGGUCAAAAUGCUGCUGCUGGGCACUCCAGAGAGUGGCAAAAGCACAAUAGUGAAGCAGAUGAAGAUCAUCUAUAGCCAUGGUUUCACAAAAGAGGAGCUCACAAGCUUCAAGCCUGCUGUACUGGACAAUCUCCUGUCUUCUGUGAAGUUUGUUCUGCGUGGUAUGGGAGUGUUACGGAUCAAUCUGGCCAACCGGAAGAACAAGGCUCAUGCACGAUCUGUCUUGUCAUGUGAAAGCUGUGUUGGAGAGGACCAGGAGCUGUUACCCUUCGUGGCCUAUGCUUUCUGCAGCCUGUGGGGGGAUCAGGGAGUGCGGGCAGCGGCUGCCAGGGGGCAUGAGUUCCAGCUCAAUGAUUCAGCCCUGUAUUUCUUUCAGAACAUGGGCAGGAUCAUCAGCCCAAACUACGUCCCAACUGAGUCAGAUGUGUUGAGGGUGCGAGUGAGAACCAGUGGCAUCAUUGAAACUCAGUUCAGCCACAACAAUGCCGUUUACAGAAUGUAUGAUGUGGGCAGUCAGCGCUCCGAGAGCAAGAAGUGGUUCAGCUAUUUCGACGAUGUCCGGGCUGUACUAUUUGUAGUGGCUCUUAGUGGGUAUGAUCUAACCCUUCCUGAGCACCCCUUUUCGAAUCGUCUACAAGAGAGCUUGGAGCUCUUUACCACCGUAUGCAACAGCACACGUUUCAGGAAAGCUUCACUGAUUUUAUUAAUGAACAAAACUGAUCUGUUCUGUGAGAAGAUCGUGCACUCUGGAAGACACCUGAGACUCUACCAUUCCGACUAUAAAGGACCGGACUAUGACGUGAAUGCAGCAGCUCGUUAUGUUACCGCGUUGUUUGUGGCACGUUGCACCACCUCGGGCAAGCUGGUGUACCCUCACUACACCAACGCCACAGACACGGUGACGGUGCGGGACGUGUUUUCUGCCGUCAUGAACACGAUCUCAAGGCAGAACCUUGAAGCUGUAUCCCUGCUCUAAGAAUGGGAAGCAUUAACCUUCAGGCAUAUCGCUGCUGUCGGAUCAAAACCUCGCAUCUCCAACACUCUCACUUUACAGGAGAAGGAAAAACCUUACUCUG